CAGUAGAAAUGUGGAUAAAGCAAGCUUUGCUUGUGGUGCUGGUGGCGGUCGCUGCUGGUGGUGACCAGUACCAUCCUGAGGAACUUCAGCGGAGCGCAACACAGCGCGUCUCAGAAGCGUUCAACACUAACGAGCGCUCUCCUCAAUUCUGGAUCGACAAUUUCGAAGCGGACCUCGAGAAACGCCUUCGUAACAUACAAAACAACAAAGUUGCUCGCAAUGUAAUCAUGUUUCUAGGCGAUGGAAUGUCCAUACCAACACAAAUGGCCGCUCGAACCCUGAAGGGACAGCGAGAAAACCGCACCGGGGAAGAAACUGAACUCCACUUUGAAACUUUCCCUACAGCCGGACUUUCGAAGACCUACUGCCUGGAUAGGCAAGUCCCAGAUUCAGCGUGCACCGCCACUGCGUACCUCACCGGUAUAAAGAAUAACCGCGGCACUCUCGGCGUUAAUGGAUAUGUCCCACGCUUUGACUGCCUGGCUUCUACGAACCAAUCCACGCAUUUAGACUCCAUCGCCGCUUGGGCUCUCGCUGACGGGCGUGACGCAGGCAUUGUAACUACAACCCGUGUGACUCACGCGUCUCCAGCGGGUGUUUACGCCAAGUCUGCCAACCGGGGCUGGGAAAGCGAUGCUGACGUAAACGCUGCAGGGUUCAGCACUGAUAUCUGCCCUGAUAUCGCCAUGCAGCUCAUAACCUCGUCCCCGGGGAACCAGUUGAAAGUCAUAUUGGGAGGUGGCCGAAGUCAGUUUUUACCAAAUACCACUACAGAUGAAGAAGGAGAUCUAGGAUUCAGACAAGACGGGCGUAAUCUCAUUGAAGAGUGGCAAAAUGAAAAAAAUAGAAAUGGCGCCACCAACCAAUACGUAUGGAAUCGUUCGCAACUGAUGAGCCUGAGAAACUCGCCACCAGAAUACCUGCUAGGAUUAUUCGAAGCUGAUCAUUUACAAUACAACCUUCAAGCUGAUAAAGUGACAGAACCAACUCUGGCUGAGCUCACAGAAGUGGCUAUCAACUCAUUGAGUCGUAACGAAAAGGGAUACUUUUUGUUUGUGGAAGGAGGUCGUAUUGAUCACGGCCAUCAUGCGACUUGGGCUCAACUGGCGUUGGAUGAAACGAUAGAGUUCGACCUGGCAGUAAAGAAGGCAACGGAAUUGGUUGGAGAUGAUACAUUGAUAGUGGUGACUGCUGAUCACGCGCACGUUAUGGCUGUCAACGGAUACACACAGCGAGGACGUGACAUCCUUGGACCAUCAGACGACUUGGGCGGAGAUGGUAUUCCCUACAUGACACUCUCCUACACCAAUGGACCUGGAGCUCGCGCACAAGUAGACGGAGCUCGUGUCGAUGUUACUAAAGAAAAUAUCACGGACGUCGAAUGGCGGUCUCAUGCGGAAGUAUACCGGAGUUCGGAGACGCACGGCGGCGACGACGUGGUGGUCACGGCGUGGGGGCCUCACCAUCACCUGUUCACUGGCGUGUACGAGCAGAGCCACAUCCCCCUAAGGAUGGCGUACGCGGCUUGCAUCGGGCCCGGAAUCCACGCCGACGCUUGCAGCAGCGCGGCGCUGCUUCAUCCGCUCUCUCUACUCUACUCUCUAGUCUUAGCUGUAAUGUACCACACUGUCCAACAUUAGACUUUUGGAGUAGGUACGUUUAGAUAAUAGCGGUUUCAAAAAUUGUAAUCCGCGAUAACAAUGGUUGUGAAAAUUGAUUAGGUAAAUAUGUAAAGUUUAUCAAAUUUUGAAAUUUAAUAAAUAUGAUUAUAGUUGCUGUGCAACUAGUAAAAUAAGUAAUUGAUCCGA